AUGCCCCAAACCUUAAGGCGUAAAACCAUAAACGCUAACAGCCCCAGAACCCUACGCCAAAGGACCCUCAUCGAGCUCUGGCCCCGCAUCUUGGCCAACUUCGAUGCCCGGUUUCUGCUUUGCCCUGCGGCGGCCCUCCAAGCACAGCUGCUUCAGCUGGAGGAGAGAGCAUUCCUGGAGAAGCCGGAGGUGGUCAUGGACCAGCUAGUGAGCUAUUCGCAAAACCUUCAGCAUGCCUUCAUGCACAGUGGAGUCGAUCCGAAGGAUCUGGCGGCGUGGCCCUUAGAGGAGGGUCUGGAGCGGCUUCGUGGCCACGCCCGAACGAAGGCCCGCCAGCGCCGUUUCAAGCGCUUUCCCGAUGUGACGCUGGUGCUGAGCUACUGCCGGGAGAACCUGCAGUGGAUGAAUGCAUCAUUCAGUCGAAAGGUGAUGCCUUCUGUGGACGUGGUGGUCGUAGCCAAGUGCUCCGACGUGGAUGCUGCCGGUGCCGUUCCCUUCCGGUCACUCUGGAGAUCUGUUGAGCAAGUCGACGUCGAGGACUUGCCACUGCGUGCUGACGAGUGCUCAGCUUAUCUGGGCUACUUGUCCGAAAAGUAUUACGACCUGCCCCGGCACAUGGUCUUCGUACAUGCUGACAUGCCGGAACAUAUCGGUGCUGGGAGGCCGAACAUCGUUGAUGACACGCUGCGGUCUCUCUCGCACGGAGCACAUGUCCCUUUCGCCCACCUGGGCAACAACCGCGUCACGAUGCGAUGGAACUCUGAUGUCAUGACUCCGCUUUGGAAGGGCCUCUUCAAGAGCAGCCUUGCACCGGCGGCCGGGGAGGUGAGCACCUACUGCUGCUCCCAUUUCGUGGUGUCCCGGGACCGGGUCUUGCAGCGUCCGAAAAGCUUCUACGAUCAGGCCUUGAAGUUCCUCACAUCUCCUGAGAGCUACUUCUACUUGCCGGCUCCCUGGUUGGUAACCCGCCAGCAUCGCGCGGCGGAGCAUGACAUGAAGGGCCGGCUAGUUUGCCAGAAUAUGAUGUUCCUUUGGCACAUCAUCUUUGGGGAGCCGCUUGCACUGCCCCAUCGGAUGUACGAUCCGAGCCUGCCACUGUUUCUGAAGACUCGGAACAUUCGGACUGCUUACAUGGACGAGUGA